AUGAAAGAGACUGGAAUCACCGCGCCAAAAGCCGUGACCUCGAUCACUCAAAUAAAGGAAUUUCUCGAACACUUCCGGCCGACCAAGCUCAUCUACGACUAUUUGUUCCCUGAUUGCAUUGACCGCGUGGCGCAAUGCGAGCGAUUGUUGCAAGGCGAAUUGUUCCGCAAGCUCGAACGAUUGCAUAUAUGCGGCUUCAUGGGGAACCAAUACAGAUGGCUAUUGCACUUUUUGUUGCGCAGGAUUUCGGAUUGGCUGCGCGGCGAAGGGGAAAUUGACAAGCUACAGAUUUGUGUGGUGGUCGAAAAGGUGGCUGUUACGUUGACGCCGGAAAUGGGCUGGAUAGACCGAACAUACGAGGGAAUGGAACUCAUUCUAAGGGCCAGUGAUGGACAAGCGUUGUUGGUCUUUUGGGACGAUGUCGAUGGCUAUUUCUACCUGAUACGAUGUGAAUAUAAUUACAGACGUGGUCGAUGCCUCGGAAGUUAUCAAAGAAACGAGGACUCGCUGCGGCGGAUUCGCCAGCUGAUGAGGCUUUCGAUGGAGCUACAUGAGCGAAACCCGGAGCUGGCCGAAAAUGCGAGGGAGAAGCUGAAAAACGAGUGCAUCAAGUUCAACGCGUACAACAAGGGCGCCACGCAAAUUGAUCUGAUGACGGAUUCGAUCUGGCGUCCGAAAGGCGAGCGUCGAUCGCUGUGGGGGAUCGUUGACGGCAACGUCCGCCAUGAUAGCGUGUAUCUUAUGGACUCGCCCGUUCUGCACGCCUUCAGAUUUGCGAAAGCCUUCGAGGAGAGAGAGCACUUCAAACCUGCCGAAUUGAUUUGCAAAAAUUUCUUACGACGAUUCGUCGUUGAGAAUCAUUCGGCGGCCCGCAAAUUGGUGGAGGAAGAAUUGGUGUACCCGAUGGAGACGCUGCACAUCUCAUUCAUCGCGAGCGCCCUCAAGUUUCUGGAACUGCUUCGCGCAAAAGAUUUGCGCAUCACAUGUGAGCCUCCCACCCGGAAUGCCUCUACCAACAUCCUCAAUUUUUUGGCGGGAAAAAUACAGAAUUGGUUAUGUGGGACGAUUGAAAUUGACAAACUGCAACUGAUCACCGCUGGGGAAAAGCUCGGCACCGCCGCAAUCGAGAAAUUUAUCGACCAUCUCGCCCGAACUGUGGAACCCGAGCUGGGAUGGGUCGAUCGAACAUACAAGGGCAUGGAGCUCAUCCUCAGGGCCAGUGAUGGACAAGCCUUGAUCUAUUACUGGGAUGCUCGCAAAAAAUGCCUUGGUCUGUUCCGAUGUGAAUAUAACUUCCGGCGUGGUCGUUGUCUCGGAAGUUAUCAGCGAAAUGGAGACUCACUCAGCAGGAUCAGCAAACUGAUGGGCAUCUCUUUGCGUCUAUCUGCGCAAAACCCGGAGUUGGCCGAAAACGCGAAGGACAAGCUAAAAGACGAGUGCAUCAAGUUCAACGCGUACAACAAGGGUGCCACGACGUUGGACUUGUUGACGGACGUGAUCUGGCGCCCAAAAGGCAACCCGCGCUCACUGUGGGGCACGAGGGGAAACACAAUGGCCCAGCCUGAGAUCUAUCCGGUGGAUCUCGCUCUCGAUCACGCCUACAAAUUCACGAAGGCCUUCGAGGCGAGGGGUGCUCUGCCAGAGCUUGAUCCUCCAAUGGUGCUCAUCAAAAGCCGUGAGGACGAGGAUACGCGCACCGUCUUCACACACUACCUUCGAUUGUUCCUCGCCAAUUCCACCGUUCAAGACUUCCUCUUCCCUCCAUGGUUCUUUGGCGGCGAGUUCUGGCUUUCACUGGAUAUGAAAGGGACACAACUCUGCUGCAAUACGGCCGAGGCUACCUUCCCGCAGAUUCGCCAAUUUAUUGAGCACUUCCGCUCCUCGGCCCUCCUUGUCAACCAAUUGUUUCACGAUGACAAUUCUUACCCAUUGUCGAGUUUGAAUGUGAGCGUGCUCGCCCAUCCGAUGAUCCGCUCGAUGGAGAAGCUGCACAUCUUUCAGUUUUUUGGCCAGGUCAAAUGGCUGGACUCGGUGUGCGCCAAAGAUCUCUACCUCGGCCUCGUAGAAGUGGGGCAUAGCACUAAAAUGGGGCAGCAGUCAAUCUUCGAAUUUCUGUCGCGUAAGAUACAGAGAUGGCUCCGUGGGCAGGAUGAAAUCGACAAAAUCCAGUUGUGCACCGAUGUCCACAUGUUCGCAACGAACGCCAUUCAAUUCGAGCCAUUCCUGAAGGCUCUUCCGUUCUUUAUCUCAUCUGAAGUUGGAUGGGUGGAUGAGACAUACGAUGAAAUGCCUCUCAUUCUCAGGGCCAGUGAUGGCGAGGCGUUGCUGCUCUAUUUUGACGGCGUGGAUCGGUCCAUCUAUCUGAUACGAUGCGAUUACAAUUUCAGACGGGGUCGCUGCCUGGGAAUUUUUGAGCGAAACGAGAAGGGCCUCCAGAAAAUUCGCGGCUUAAUGACCAUCGCCUCGCGUCUAUCAGCACAAAACCCGGGAUUGGCCGAGGAUGCAAAGGAGAAACUGAAAAACGAGUGCAUCAAGUUCAACGAGUACAACAAGCGCGCCACGCAGCUCGAUCUGAUGACCGAUUGGAUUUGGCGGCCACAAGGUCAAAAGGUGUCAAUCUGGCGUCGUCGGGAUGGCCAGCUUUGGGAGCAACAGCGAUUUCCGUUUGACCUCGCCCUCCGCCACGCCUACAAAUUCUCGAAAGCCGUCGAAAUGAGGGGAGAACUGCCGGGGGUCGAGGAAUUUAUGCCUGCGACAAAGGCCGAGACGAAUAGCUCU